AUGGGGAUGUCUAGCUCAAUACAGGGAUGUCCACGGAGGAGACGGAUGUGGGUGCGGUGGUGGCGGCUGCUGGGAAUCAUAUCACGAGGGCUGGCUGGCCAUGAUAGGGCCAACAGCGUGCGGCUGUCCCGCCUGCUGCUGGCGGAGCGUAGCACCUGGUUGGUGCUGUCUCCCGCCGUGGGCAGGAUUCCCUUGGGCGGCAGCGUCUUCACCUUCCUGCACUACGACUGUCCUCAUAACCGGCGAGUGCUGCAUGCGAGCGGCCAGAUGGAGCUAGUAAACACCUCGUCCCACUGGCUGGUGUGGAGUUCCGGACCGCCUGAGGCGGCGCUGCCGCUGCGGCUGGACAGUGACGUCAUCUGGGCGCGGCGGCAGGGUGGCGCUGUGCUGUUGGACGCCCUCUACCGCGUGCACCCGUCGCGGCCGCUCUGCAUCCUGCCAGCCGGCCACUGGUCGCCUGAUACUGGGGUCGUACUACACCGCACCGCGUUGGACAACGGCUGGAGGCUUCUCGACGGCCUCGUACUGGGGGCGGCUGGAGUGGUAGUGGAUACGGCCCCGGACAGGCUGGGAGAGCGCCUGCUCGUGGUGCAGGACCGACACCUGGACACCAACAUCCGCUUCGGCUGGGACCUGUGCCAGAAGCUCAGCUUCAUGUUCAACUUCUCGGUCGUGCUGUACAAGACGGAGUCAUACGGCUAUCUCACGCCGAAUGGCUCGAUCGACGGGCAAGCGGGCAUGCUGUACGAUGGCACCAUUGACCUCGCGCUGUCGUCGCUGAUGCUGUCACACCACAGACUCGACUUCAUCGACUUCAGCGCACGCUCGCGCAUGUGGACGCUGAAGAUGGUGUUCCGGCACCCGCCGUCGCGCGCCGUCUACGGCACCAUCUUCCGGCCGUUCACGGCGCCGCUGUGGCUGAGCAGCGGGCUGCUCUUCUCGCUGGUGCUGGUGGCGGCGCGGCUCAGCUGCUGGGCCGCCGCACACCUGCCUUCCGACAACUCGUGGAGCGCCGCCUUCCUGCUCGUCUCCUCCGCCAUUAGCCAGCAGGGUAGGCCAGUCGCUACUGCUGCGUGCGACGGGCGCAACCCGACAGUCUCGCCUCUAACGUCGGUUGUGACGUCACACUAG